ACCGCUCUGCAAGAUCCUCGACGCUCCUGCCUUCCUAUUAUUUGCAGCUUCAGCUACAUCCCAGCACCUAACAACAUAGAUUUUCUGUUCCUCCCUCAAUAUGAGAUUCCUCCAAGUCCUCGGUUUCGCCACUCUGGCUCUUACUUUGCCUAGUCCAGCACCCCUAGACGACAGCUUGGCAUUUGCUGACUUGGAAAAGAAAGCUCUGGAAAAUGGCGUCGUUGGUGAACUGGAAGCAAGACAAGGUGGAGCUAUUGGAACCGCCAUUCAGGCGAUCGUCAGCAACCUUCAGGAUGCUACGGACGAUAACCUUGCCGCUAUUCAACUUGCUGCCAGUCAAAUCAGGAAUGCCACCACCGCCUCUGUGAUCAUUACUGCAACCGCUGUUAUCAGGACCAAUCUCAGACUGAUUGCCCAGUCCAUCAGAGACGCUAUAGCCGCCGUAGUAGCAGCAACGACCGGCGCCACAGGUGGCAUUCAAGGCGCGAUUGCUGGUCUUACCCAAUCCGAGAUCAACACAUUCGUUGGCGCCCUUCAACAGCUCAUCACUCUACUUCGGAAUAUUAGGGCUCAAUUGGUAAUUACUCAGAAUCUGUCUGCGGCAGUUGCCACGGCAGCCAGCGCCGAGCUCACUGCGAUCCGAGCUCUCAUCAACCCCCUCGUGGUACCUCUUCAGGCUGCAGCAAAGGCCAUUCUGGUGGCUUCCGUAGUAGCGCAACUCACCAUUACUGGUCUCCGCGAGGCUACGCAAGGCUUGUUGAAUAUCGCCGCGCAGAUCGUCGCUGCUCAAUAGGCUGAAAGUCUAAGAGGGAUGGUUUGCAACAAGUUGCCGAACUGACGAGUUCGGCCACGAGCAGCCCUUCCAAACCCGGGGCAUUUAGACUCCUUGAGUUACAGUCCCACAGUUAUUUCCUUUUUGAUACGUACAGAUGUCGUGAAGUUUGGUCUUGGAAUUUGUAUAUAACAACACACUUUCUUUGAACGCGCUAGCCUACAGCUGGCACAGGCUAAGCUAUACACUCAUUACGAUCAGCUAUGAAUCUACCGAAUUCGAUG